CCAAGUAACAUAGAGCUCUACUGCAGGUUGGUGGAGAAACCCUAACGCUGACGGAGAGAGGUAAGUUUGGCGUAGAUGUCGGCAGAAACGGCGAAGAGUUCGACUGAGUCGGAUGUUUCCGGUCUCGAUUAUGAGGAGACUGAGCUGAAGCUCGGUCUUCCGGGGAGCUCACGCAUCGCCGGAUCGGAGACGGAGAGAAAGCGUGGGUAUUCCAAGACUGUCGAUCUGAAGCUUGGUGGCUCUGGAGGAGGCAAUCUUGACUAUUUGACUGCGGAGUCGUCUGACACGCGCUCUUGCGCAGCCGGGACGCUGCCGGCCAACAAGGCGCGGGUGAUUGGGUGGCCGCCUGUGAGGGCAUUCCGAAAGAACGCGCUGAAGAGUUGCACAUAUGUGAAGGUGGCCGUGGAUGGGGCGCCGUACCUUCGAAAAGUGGACCUGGAGAUGAACGAAGGGUAUCAGCAGCUGCUGACCGCACUUCAAGAGAUGUUCUCCUGUUUUACGAUUCGUAACUCGCCGAACAACAACGAGAGGAGGCUGGUUGAUCCGCUUAACGGAACAGAGUAUGUGCCUACAUAUGAGGAUAAGGAUGGGGACUGGAUGCUUGUUGGUGAUGUUCCAUGGAAAAUGUUUGUUACCUCCUGCAAACGUCUUCGCUUGAUGAAAAGCUCAGAAGCUGUCAAUUUAGGUCCGAGGCCAUCUCAGAUUGGCUAGAGCUGAUUAUGAGGAAAAAGGAUUAUGCCGCAGCACCAUCACUGAUUCACUGGCUAUCAUGUACAGGGAUUGUUUCUGUUCUUCUCUGGUCCUUUUGAAGUGUUUACCGUUGUUGUGCUUUUUAAGUGGAGAAAAUAAUGAAUGUUUGCCGUUGUACCACUUGUUAUUAGUUAUUGGUUUUGACUUGUUUAAGUUUGGAAGAUACAAGUAUGAAUAUAUAUAUAUAUACGGCUUACAGUUUGUUUUGUGAUCUAA